AUGUUGGAGGUAUUGAACCUUGGAAACAAUCGAAUACAUGAUACUUUCCCUUUGUGGAUGGAAGCUUUGUCCCAGCUGCGCAUUCUCAUCUUGAGAUCCAACCAAUUUCAUGGCAUUAUUGGGAAUCCUCUAACAAAUCACCCAUUUCCGUUGUUACAAAUCAUCAACCUCUCUUCCAAUAGCUUUGUGGGCAAUUUGCCAUCAAAUAUGUUCAAGAGCUGGAAGGCAAUGAUGGAAGAGGGCAAAUCCCAAUCCUUGUUCCUUGGCAAAAGAAUAACACGUUCCAUAUACUAUCAAGACACGGUAUUUGUAGUCAGCAAAGGACUACAAUUGGAACUGGUAAAGAUCCUCAUUGCCUUCACCAUAGUGGAUCUAUCGGAGAAUGAAUUUCAUGGGGAUAUUCCAGAAUCAAUUGGGGACCUAAAGUCGCUCCAUGUAGUCAACAUAUCCUACAACCAUCUCACAGGCUGA